AUGUUAGUUAAUUAAAGCAAGUGCAUGUUUUGCGAAAAACUGCGAAACGAUGGAUCUUUUCACCUCAUACUCAAGAGAGCCUUGUAUUGCAAGUACUCUCAAUCACAAAACUUCUUUUACGAAAAAGACAUAAACGACAUAAUCGAAGAUCGAUGUGUGAAAUGCAACAUCCGUUAUAGAGAUCAAUUGCAUCUCAGUGAUCAAAAUGAGUACAUGCGGAGAUACUAUCGUUUUCUCGAAAGUGAAGAUCGACUGCCGGCCCUACUUGAAUACUAUAAAUAUCACAUCAAUAUUCCAAGGAAUUUCUGCUCAACAAUCAUUAAGAAGAGAAUGGACAGAAAUAGGGAGCUCUAAUAUGGUAAAAUUAAGUAAGAAUUGGGUCUUGCUCAAAAUCAUAAGGAUAUCAAGUAGGACUCUCCACGAAAAGUCAAAGAUACCUCUGAGGAUCAAUCUGUUAGUUAAAUGAAGAACUUAUUGAAGGAUUUAAAAAUUGAAUCCACUCAAACAGACAUCUCUAAUAAUACCACCAUUUUAAAAGAUCUUGUUAAAAUGAUUGGAAAUGAUGCACAGAAACAUCAACCUUUCCAAAUACUCAAUUACAACAAAAUCAUUCAAAAACAAAUCAAUCCUCUCGUUGAAGCCUAAAAACUUUAGUGUAAAUAAAUAGAAACAAAUAGAAAUAAAGAAAAUAAAACUAGAAUUGUCAGAUCCCCACCUCAAACUGAACGCAAUCUAAGAUCUCCUUAAUUGUCUAGACAAUCUUCCAAUACUAAGAUUAAAAUUGAGAAUCACACAACGAAACGACCUCCCUAAUUAAAAUCAAGAUAAGCAUCCUUAGGGAACAUUGAAUUAACUAAGUCUUGUUAAACUACUGUCAGGAACAAUCCCCAAUAAAAUGAAUUACUAUUAGAACUAGCAAAGAAAGUUUUCUCAACCAAAAUUGCGAUCACUAAUAAUUUGAUAACCAAGAAGAAACCCACUCCUCAAUAAACUAAUAAUUUUUUUGUUAAAGGCAGAACUACGUUACAAUUCAAUGUCAAGAAUAUAGAAGAAAUUAAAAGUUUAACCAUUCGACACAAGACCCCUAAGCAAUUAAUAAAAUCGCAUUAGGGAACUCCAAAUUAUAAAAAGAAAUAAUAAUGA